UUGCUCUCGAAGUGGAACUGCCGCCGGGCCUGUGCGAUGUACUCUGCAGCCUCUCGUUCCUGAAUCUCACGGAUCUUCUUCUGCGCAUAUUUACCCAGGAAAUACACACCUGUGUGAGGGGGAGAGUUCAGCUCUGUCUCGCCGGAGUCUGAAGUUUACCCGUCAAUGCUGCGUAGCAUGUCGCAAUCCAUGCGGCAGUAAAUCAACUUUGCUAGCUACCUAUAGCUAGCUGUGUGAGCAUGGAGACUGAGAAUGAGAGCGUGAACGUUCCCAGUGUGGGGUUUCAGCCAAGCGAUGAGGAAAUCGAAAGAUGGAUAGACAGUGCCUUUGACAUGGCAAAAGAGGCUCUGGAAAACGGAGAGGUUCCUGUCGGGUGUCUCCUGGUCUACAACAAUGAGGUCAUUGGCAAAGGCAGAAAUGAUGUGAACAAAACCAAAAACGCUACUCGCCACGCGGAGAUGGUGGCCCUGGACCAGGUUCUAGAAUGGUGUAACCAAAGAAACACUGACUUCCAGACAGUGUGCGAGCGGACGGUACUGUACGUUACCGUGGAACCCUGCAUCAUGUGUGCUGCGGCCCUGCGCUUGUCACAUAUUCCCAUGGUGGUGUAUGGCUGUGGCAACAGCAGGUUUGGGGGCUGUGGCUCAGUUGUGGAAGUGUCCUCAGCAGACCUCCCAAACACAGGGAAGCCUUUCAAGUGUGUGUCAGGGUACAGAGCAGAGGAGGCGGUGGAGAUGCUGAAGACUUUCUACAGGCAGGAGAACCCCAACGCUCCCAUUCCCAAGGUGAAGAAGAACUGAGUUACUACCUUCGUCCACCAGGGGGUGCUAGAGGAUCAGGAGUGAGCCCACAUGAGCAAGGGCAGGAAAAUAAUAGUUUUCCCGUCUGAGAAUAUUUGUCAAGAAGUAGUAAAGAGAGGUGUCCUUCUUUUUCCCUCUCCAAAAUACAGACCAAGCCUAUGCGUUUCAUUAUUUUUUAUAUUCUCUACUUUUUUUAAAUUGCUGACUUUUCCAUAGGAAACACCGUUGACGUGCACUUCAUCUUGUGACUGAGGCGUUCAAUAAUGAGACUCAGCUACAAUAAAGUGGAGUGACGACAA